AUGAAAGUUGCAAGUCUACUGAAAGACAAUUCUUGGAGUAUUCCUACUGAAAUGCAACUAUUCAUAAACAAUGCAAACCUACCUGACAUCAGUGGUGGUGAAGAUAAGCUAAUUUGGAUUGGGCACAAAAGUGGAAAAUUUGAAAAUUUCGCAGCAGUUGAAAAAGUAAGAAUCAAAGAACCAAAUCUUGUAUGGGCAAGUUACAUUUGGAAGUCAUUUCUUCACCCCAACAUUGCUAUCACCAUUUGGAAGUUGCAGCAGGGUGUGUAUACGGAUGAUGAUGAAAUGAGGAAGAUGGGAUAUGACAUGGUUUCUAGAUGCUGCAUUUGUCAAGAAGAGCAGGACAACAUGGACCAUACAUUAUGGCAUUGCAAGUUUAGUCUGGAAAUAUGGUCUUGGUUGAGUUCACUUUUUGGUUUUAGAAAACCAAUCUCUUUUGAAGAUAUUUGUUCAGAUGUAAAGAACAAAAGCCCCAUUAUAAGAGAACUAUGGUUAACAGCUGCAUGCGCAACCAUGAGGGAACUUUGGUUUCAAAGAAAUAAAAUUUUAUUUGAAGAAAUGAAGCCUCACAAAAACAAUUUUAAAUGCAGAAUUUACAAACUGAUACAGGAAGGAAGCCACAGAAUGAAGGGAAAUAAAUGGAGCCAAAACUAUGAUACUCAGGUACUAUCCUUUUUCAAAAUUGGAAAUGCAGGCUUGGGUGUAAUUGCAAGGGACUGCAACAGUCAGGUAAUUGGAACUCUUACAGGUGGAAUUGAUGUUGCUUUAUCCUCCAUUGCAGGGGAAUAUGCAAUACUUUGUGCUCUUGAAUGGGCUGCUUUUCUAGAAUGCACUAAUAUAAUUAUUCAGUCAGAUUCAAUAACUGCAAUUGAAUGCUUCAAAAGCAAUGAAAUACCUUGGUAUAUUAGAGCAAGAUGGAAGAAAGCAAGCAUGAAAUUAGUUGAGGUUGCAUUUAUUCAAUGCCCCAAAGAGAUAAACUUCACAACAAACAAUUUGGAACAAAUAGGAGUAGUUUUGAAUGCUGGAGAGAGAAUCAUACAUUCUGGGAGACCACAUUUCCUGAAGAGAAUAUAA